GCUGCAUUCAGCAUUCGAGCAUUACAUUUUCAAGUUCGCUAGGACCUUCUUGUUGAAUGCGAAUAUAUUCGAUUUAAAUAUUUUACUUAAAUAAUUAUUUAAGAUCGCGUAGUCAUUGUGAAUGUGAUAUGUUUUUGUGAUUAUUAAUUUUUCUUUACUUAUUUAUCAGAGAAGAUGGCGGUCAAGCCUAUGUCAAUUCAGAAGGAGUACGAGAAGCAUCCGGACAUCACUCCUGAGGACAUCAAGAACCUUCGAGAAUGGCUCAACAAUCAGCCCCAUUUACCGGGAGAUUUGAUAUCAGAUGUUGAUCUGCUUAUCGCGUACCAUUGCUGCGAGAAGAGCAUGGAGGUUUCGAAGCAAGUUAUAGACUUGCACUACACAUUGAAGUCCCUCAUCUUCAGUGACCGAUUGUUUAACAAGAAAGUCGAGUUCUCAUUGGACAUUGCACUCUUCUACCAAAUCCCAGUGUUUACAACAAGUGGUUACAGAGCGAUUUACUUGCGGCUCCUAGAUUUUAGCCCUAAGAAUUUCUUUCUAGACCAAUUGGUAAAGAGUUUCGUCUUGAUUUACGAUCUGUGGCAGUAUGAAGAAGGAACGUGGCCUGGUUUCGUGGUGAUCAUAGAUUUGGACGGAGUUGUCCUGGGACACCUGUCGCGGUUGGAUCUCAUGAUGUUAAAGAAACUGCUGUAUUUUGUACAAGAAUGUAUGCUGAUUAAAUUAAAGGAGGUCAACUUUAUAAACGCGCCAUCCUUCAUGGAUAAACUGAUGUUAAUGCUGAAACCGUUCCUCAAUAAGCCGCUCCUGGAGAUCAUCAGGAUCCACUCCGUCGGAAGCGAAAAAAUAUACGAGACGAUACCGAAAAAAUAUUUUCCCAUCGAAUCUGGAGGGGAGUUUAAAGAUAUGAACACUAUCAAAGAGGAAUUGUGUCAACGGCUCAAGGCAAACCAAGAUUACUUCAUCAGAGAGAACAAGCGGAAAGUGAACGAAAGCUUGAGACCUGGGGGCAAAGCGGUCGCCGUGGAAAGCCUCUUCGGGAUCCAAGGGAGCUUCAAGAAAUUAGAUAUAGACUAAAAUUAUUUAGUAUACAGGCUUGGGACAUAGAUUGUGGCAAAAUAAACGCUAUGUGGUUUAGA